AUGCACCUCCCCUUAAUCAUCGCCCUGGGCGCCCAGCUCACCCUCGGCCAUUACAGCAACUCGUCGGCCCCCCACUCCCACUCUCACACUCACAAAGACGACACUGCCCACCAGCCAUGGGUCAUCGGCGACUUCAGAUUCGUCGGAUGUGCGGCGUCAACGGCCGGAUUCCCUCUCUUCCGAAAGGUCGUCUCUACGGACUUUAUGAACCUUGAUUUCUGCGCGGCGAGCUGUCCCGGCAGGUUCUUUGGCACUUAUAACACGGACUGCUACUGUGGUGAUGAGCUCGACAUGGAAACCGCGGGCAAAGUUGACGCUGACCUGUGCGAUACCCCUUGUCCUGGAGACGAGUGCCAGACCUGCGGCGGCCUCACCGCAGCAGCCCGGCUCGCCCGUGAGAAAGAACGGCCUCUUUCCGUUAUCCUGAGCUUGUACAUCAGACUCGGCGAAGAUCUCGAAUACCAUCACGAUGACGGCCACGAACACGAGCACGCCUGGGCUCACGAUCCUCCUCAUCAAAACAACGGAUGGAAGUCUUCCACUCAACCCCCUCAUCCUCCUUCUCAGCGGACUUACACACACACAAUCACCAGCACCACAACCAGCACCAUCACAUCCUGCGCCCCCGGCGUGCCUCACUGCCCCAUCGGCAACAAGGUCACCCAGGCCGUGACCCUCACCACCGAGCUCUGCCCAACGCCCGAAUGGCACCGGAAGAAGAUCAUCUGCUACGGCGACCACUGCGCCCCAGAAGAGCCCUGCCGCGACGAUGGCGACGGCGGCGAACUGCACUGUCAGCGCCAGCGCGUUGUCUGCAACGGCGAGAGCUGCCAUACCGAGAUCUGCGCCGACACGGAUGACGAGUGGCACAGGCUUGUCGUCUGCGACGACAGCGGCAGCGAGUGCCGCUAUCGCCAGUGCGCCGCCAACGACGACGACGAGUGCAACGACACCAAGGUUGUCUGCUACGACGGCAACUGCGCAAAGGAGCCGUGCUGGGGCGACGAAUGCCGCCGAAACUUCGUCUGCAGGGGCACCACCGAGUGCCGGCACGAGGUUUGCGAGGGCGGAGAGGAGGAGGGCUGCCACGAGUUCCGAGUCUGCGGCGAGUCUGGCACGGACUGCCAUCCUCAACCUCUCUGCAGCAGCGGUCUGGCGUGUCCUGUCCCGCCUCCUCCCCUGUCCAAGACUGAGCCUCCUUUCCCUACGCAGCACCACGAGGCGUCUUAUGCUCAGCCUGUUGCUCCUACGAACGGCCACGGCUUGCCUCGUCCGACUGGGGCUCCUGUCGUCGCUGGCUCGACAAAGCUGGGCGCUACUGUUUUCAGUGUCUUGCUGAGCUUUGUCGUCUUUCUGUAG